GGGAACGGCGGGGAGCGCAGUGGAAGUUUAGUGUCCGAAGGGCCGAUCUGGUUUCGCACGUCCCCAGAUCCGCAAGUGUUUUACGGCCGUUUUGAGUCGUGAUCUUCCCGUCAAAGUCGCUCCGAUGAGGCCGAAUAUAUGGCGACCCCACUGUCGUCACUCGUCUUGCUGUUUUCGAUAGGAAUAUGCGCCGGGGAGGGUCUGGGUGCGAUCUGGGGCGGCGUGGGCGGCGGGGCCGGUGGAUCGGAAGGCCUGCCCCCCGUGGCCCUCCCUGUGCCGGGUCCCUCCCCGCACCGCCCCCCUGUGGGGCCCAGCGGCAUCGGGGGCCCCGGGGGCAGCGCGGCGCUGUUCGCCGAGGAGCCGGCGGACGUCGUGGUGCGGAAGGGUGCCAACGCGGUGCUCAGGUGCUCGCCGACGCCCGCCUACGCCUCGUGGCCGCUGUCCUGGAGCAAGGAUGGCCAGCCCCUGGACAAGCUGGACAAGGGCCACUUUGUGGUGGACCGGGCGGGGAACUUGGUCGUGCACCAGGUUUCCCGAAGUGACAAGUAUUUGGGAAAGUAUCGGUGUGCCUUGCAGGGGCCACAAGGACUGGUGGUGUCAAGAGCGGCAGCCCUGACUGUUGCAUCUUUGUCUCAUGCGGUCCAAGGCCCAGAAAAUAUAACACUGCCGUCUGGAGGUACGGUGAGAUUUUCCUGUGCUGUAGAUUCUGUUCCAACAGCAAGGGUCACAUGGAAGAAAGAUGACAAGCCAUUAUUGACAAACUCGAGAUAUGUGACACUUUCAUCUGGUGUUCUCCUCAUUUCUAAUGUGACAUCAUCAGAUGAAGGAAGUUACAAGUGCAUUACUACAAAUGAUAUUCUCAAGAAAUCUCGUAUCAGCACUGAUGCCUUUUUACAAGUACAUGAAUCAUCAGCAGGGAAACAGGCCACAUUUCUGUCUCAUACUAAACUUGUGCAUAUUCUUCAAGGUGAAAAUGUUUCCUUAGAGUGCUCUCAUUCAGGAAGUAGUUUUCCAACUUGGACCGCACCAAAUGCUUCUCUGAUGAAUUCAUCUUCAAAUGUAACUCUGCCUGGUAUUAGUAUUUUGACAUUUCACAAUGUGCAUGAAAGCCAUUCUGGAAUUUACAACUGCACUUUUCGGGAAACUUUGAAAACAUUCUCACAGUCUGUUGAGCUACAAGUCUUAGUGCCACCAACUGUGCUGGAGGCACCAGAAUCUCAGUCUUACCCUACGGCUCGCACUGCCAGAUUCACCUGUGCUGUUCAUGGAGUUCCAUAUCCAACCAUCACAUGGUACAAAAAUGGUGCUGUGGUCAAUCACAGUGCUGAGAAUGGCCGCAUUAAACUCAUUGACAACGAAUUAUUGCUGAUUUCCAAUAGUAUAGCAUCUGACACUGGCUUUUAUCAGUGCAUGUUUCACAAUUCUGUUGGAGAAAACUGGGGUCUGGCCCAUCUUUAUGUCAAUUCAUCUGGCUUGCAAGCGCCUCCUUCAAACUUAACUUGCCAUGAACACGGAGAUGAUUUUAUUAUUGUGCAUUGGAAUCCACCAAUGGGAGACAUCACAGCUUACACCGUUCAUUACUGGCCCUCAGGAAGUGAAAUGGAAUUCAAAGAGCAGCUUGCAAAAAAGAAUUACUGUGCUGUAACUGCACUGCAACCGUACACGAAUUACACGUUUGCUGUACGUUCUUACAGCAGACGUGGGGCCAGCGAGCCCAACCAUGUGACUUGUGAAACUAAAGAAUCAGUUCCAAGUGUUGCUCCCCAAGUUAGCUUGUCCAUCAUCAGUGCUACAAAGCUCAACAUAUCCUGGAUCCCUCUGGAACCUGCCAAAACAAAUGGGCAUGUCACUGAGUACAAGGUUCAAUGGCGCCAGGUUCCAAGGUCAACUUCCAAGGUGAAAGAAGUCCCUGCUAAAGUGUUAAAUUUCACAAUUACAGAUCUAAUUCCUGAAAGCUACUAUGAAGUGCGUGUGCUUGCUCGUACUAAACAAGGUUGGCCUAAGCCCGCAGUCGAAGCUAAACUAGAGUGGACAUCUGUUCAAAUGCCAUCACAAACAUCUCCAGACGUAAUUAUUGAAGCUCCCAAAGACCUUACCACAGCGACAUUGAGUAGCCUAAAUGACUCAGUGGACAAAACAAUCGACCCUCCUUUUGGGCUGGAGGCGGAGCCUACAUCUCCUUAUACCAUCAAUGUUACAUGGUCAGCCCCUCCUCUCGUGAUUGUCAGAUACUAUUCAGUUAUGAUAAAAGAAGUACAAUCAAGUCACAAGUCGGAAUCUGGUGACCCUGUUGUGAUCAACUGCACAAGUCAGUGGCUGGAAAUUGAUGAACUUCAACCAAACACCAUUUAUGAGGUUACAUUAAAAGCAUAUGAUAAGAGGGGUCAUAGCAGUCCCUUCAGUGAAAAAAUAGAAUCUCGAACGUUUGAGAGUGCUCCUGAUGUUGUGACGGAUGUUAGUUGGGAGUUGUUCAACUCAACAGCAGUCAAGGUGAUGUGGAAGGGUCCCAAUAGUCCUGUCAAACAAUUUAAUAUAACCAUGGUUCCAUUGGAUGGUAGUGCACCCAUCUACCUCCUUGUUAAUGGAUCUCGCUCUAGUACUGAGGUGCUGGGUAUUAAACCAUUCACAGCUUAUCAAUUGACAGUUUGGGGCAUAACCCGAGGUGGAACUAGCCCUCCCUCACCUACACAGAUGGUGUUUGGAACAUCCCCUGAGGUUGUGCAGGCUCCUCCUGGAGAGCAGUUUGCAACACAGUCUCCAGAUGUUCGGCUAGUUUUAAGUGCAAGCAUAUGUGGAUCUAUUGCAUUCACCGUCUUGGUGAUGGCCUUGUUCUGGCAUCACACGAUCAAUCGGUCAAGUAGAAGAGGCACUUCCAUUAGUACAAGUCCACCGAACUCUUACCAGCCUAAUGGUACUAGUAUAAAUGGACAAUUGCCCCUCACUUCUUUCGUGGUGCGAGAUCCUGGCCCGUACUGCUAUCCGUUGGGGGUCAGGCGGGUGGACACGGAAGUCCACGACAGAAGCAGCGUGAAAGAUAUAGAGGAAGGCAAUGUUACAUUGCUACCGCCAGGGUCCAAUCCUACACCCAUUGGUGCCAACAUUGCUCAUCAAAGUGGUGAAAUGAAGGACUUGGCUAAAGCUAGAACCUCGCCUUGUUGGAGUGGAGUCCUGCCUAGACAUGUGUUUAAUAUCACUGAAAAUCCUCAGUGUGAUUCUCCCAUUCCUAGCAAGAACUUGCCAUCUCGCUAUGGUCAUGAGAGAUCCAUCUCGGGAAAUUCGGAGGAAAUGGUGGAACUCUUGUCAGCCAGACCAAGCAUGUCCCACACAUAUUGUGAGUCAGAGUAUGAGGAUUUGUGUGGAGAAGCAGGAGAUACCACUGUUGACUCAUUAAACAUCACUCAGAUCACAGAAAUUGACCAAAGUUUCCAAGACAAAAGCAAUAACAACAAUGAUAUCCACAAUAGUAAUGUCAGCACAAAUAGCUCCCAUAGCAGUGUAAAUGGAGACCAGAGCAGAAGAAGUAGUAGUUUUCUGGGAGAGACCAGUGAAGGUAGCAAUGACUUAACAGAACAACAAUUACUAGUGACUUUGUCAACUGUUCCAGUGCACCAUCUUUCCACCAAACCUUUCAUUGACGUUCCCAAAGUUUCAGUUGUUGGCCCCAACGGAUGAAGCCUCACUCUUCUCAUAAACUGACUGAGUGUGUGUCUGUGUGUGCAAUUCAGUGUGACUUACUGAUUGUCUAGCUCAGGAUUGAUGUACUUGCCCCUUAACUGUGGGGUAAAUUCUGUUAUGUAGGUUUAAUUCUUUAUUUUGUGAUACAUGAAACAUGUUUCCAAGCGAAAUCUUGUGUGUAGAAUCUCAAGAACUUAUUCAGUCUGAACUUCACAGUCUUACAAACUUUGCUUUGUAUUUAUUUUUAUUUAAAUAUGACUAAAGAUGUUGUCUUUUUAAGAGGGAGUCCAAGACAAGCAAAUUAUAGCAGUUGUUUAAUUUUACAGACAUAAAAGUACUUUUAUAUUGGAAGCUUUGAGCUUGUAAGUACUGGUCUAAGAUUUCCUAAUAAUUUGUUUUAUUCAUUGUCUUGCUGUAUUUUGACCUGUGUCUCAAUGUUGAAUCUGUUCAAGUGUGUUGUUUAGGGUUGUAACACCCCUAGAACCGCCUAGAACAUCAAAUUCUCUUUAGUGAACACUGCAUUUUUCCAAUAUAUUGUUUUAAAGGUAAUUUUCAAUUCACUAGCCAAGACCAAGGUUGGAGACUGAAUCUUAUACAUAGUUAUUGUAGGAAAGGUAACAGUGCCCCAAUUUCAAGAGCUGGAAACAUGAUUAGUUACAUAUUUCCUCUGCUGGAAAUGAGGAAAAUGUGGAGCUAGAUUUAGUUAUAAACCACUGGUGUCCAAUGGAUUGUUUCAGGACCCCCCUUUUCCCCAAUUAUACUGCUAUCUCUUAUUUCUCAUUGUCUUUUUUCUGGCAGUAAAACUAAAUUGUUCCUCUCUCUUUCUCGACUUAUGAGCAAUAUCCAUUUCAGGUUUUGAAAGCAAUCAUGUUGACCCAGUUUCAAGGCUGUGUGGUUAAUUUUAGUUACUGGUGCAGGUGAACAGUCUGUUCUGAUUGUAAAUAAUAGACUGUUUCCUUAGAUUUUUCCAUGUGUUAUCAAUCAUUCUGUUUUACCUGUGUUAGAUCUUGUAAAUCAUAAAUCAGCUCAAAUGUAUAUAUUUUAAUUUAUUAGUUGUGUAUACUUGUUGUGUUUGCCAACUGCAGUGCUAUUGUAAUCAAUUCAAUUUUAAAAGCUAGAAUGCAUUAACUUAGGAUGGGACAUUGGUGUUUUUCUGGUGACACUGAAAAAGUGUUUUGCAGCUAGGAUGCUGCAACCAAAUUAGUCUAUGUAUUUAUAGUACAAAGUUAUAACAUGGUUAUUAUUAUAUUUUAUUGUUGUAUUUAUCAUGGCAAGCACUGCUUUCAACUCAAUAUUGAAAAUACCUGUCACAUUCCAUCUGUUUACAAGCACCAGCUUGCCCAUGUACAGUAUGAAGUAUCUCUAAUUAUUUUUGUCGUUUAUUAAGAUUGUUUAUUUUUUAUCUAGGAUUUUAGUGAAGACUACUGCCUUAGCAGUUACUCCUCUGAUUGGACAAAGUACUAACUUUGUUCAUAGUGUUUAUUAGAGUCAUGGAUAGAGAAUAUCAUGUUUAAUACAAAGUUUCUCUGUUUCUAUUUUAGUGUUAUCCCCCCUCCCUUUCUUUUUUACAAACUUACGGGUAUGUAUACUUUUGAGAAUCUGCACUGUUUUAUACAUUUAUAUUUUUUACAAUUUGUAUGAUUAUAUUGUAGUGUUUAAUUUCUUUUCCAUUCAAGACCUCUCCUCACAAAUAUUUUAUUAGUUGCUGUGAAGCCAAGUCAAUCUGUGGUAAAAUUGUCAUUCCCUUUUCAACUACUAUCUUAGUAUUCUUCCCUAGUUCCUAUUCUGCAUAUUUUCUUCAAAUGUAUUCUGUGAUACUUCUCCAUUAAAAGGUUGUACUUAACACAGGACAGGAAUUAAGAUAAUUGGUUUUUCUACAUUUUAAAAUAUACAUAAUUGUCCUUCCAUUCUCAAUCUAUGUGAAUUUUUACUUUUCCAUUCAAUUGCUGCUCUGAAAAAUUUAGCAUUGAGUCUAGGUCCAGGUCCUAUUUUUUCCUACCUAAUAAAUUAGGGAUUGCAGCAUUGUUAUUUGUUUGCUGUUGCUUCUCCUUAUCUUAACAUUUGAUUAACACUUCAGUUCAAAUUGGGAAUUAGUCCGACUGCCUACAUUGUGUGUGAUUGAGCUUUAGACCUUAUCAGUUGUUUUUGUAGAUUUUUAUGAACAAUUGAUUACUGCCUCGCUCAUGUCUGUUUAUGAUUGAUUCAAUCUGUUGAAAGACUGUUGUGUCUUAGUGAUGUCACAUGUGCUGUAUGCUACCUCUGAACAUUUUUAUAUACUUUUAUACUGAUCACAUCUCAUUGUUGCAUACCAAAGUGCUCCCAUGUAAGUCAGGUCUUAGCUUUUUCAUGAAGAUUGUUGUAUUAUAUAGUUUUUUAUUCCUCCCUCUUGAAUAAAGGACCUAACACCAAAUAAGUUUUUAUAUGUACCUAUUCAUACGUUGCUUGUCAUUUGUGUACUCAUUUUCCAUGGUGUUGUGUGUCAUUGUUGUUCAAGUUAUACUGUAUUGUCAUGUAUAAAAAAAUUCACAUUUCUUUUCCCACUUUUCAUAAAUAUAUUUUUACAUGUGGUGUAAUUUUAGUGUUCAUUAGCUACUGAGUGUAAUUUGCCUUUUUGCUUCCACGGUUCCAUUCCGACUCUGAUAUCGAAUCUCUGUAUCAUUAAGUGAAUGCAGUACAAUAUUUUGUUUAAGUUGUAUUUUUAGAGUUUUGUGUCACCUACAUGAAACUUGAAGAGGAAAUUACACCGUUGGACCUAUCCACUCCUCUGUUUACCAGUAAUUGAGUACCCACUUUUGUUCACAUGUGUACCUACUAUUCACUGUUGAAUGUUCAAUAUUUUUCAUAUUUUGUGAUCAGCUUGCUUUACUUUUAUCUGCAGGGACCAGUUCCAACGAUGUAAUUUUCAUAAGAGAUGGUUUGGGUCAGGUUUCAUUCUUUGUGCAGACGUGUUCCAUAUUUUUCUAUUAAACUGCAUUUGUGGUCCAUAUUUUAGUUGCUAUAUAAUUUGUACAUGGCUACCUGUAACUUUGGAUCACAUGGAAGUUAUUUACUACAGUGAAAAUUGAAAGGCUCACUGCCCAUGAGGCUAGUAACGGCAGUUGCUCAAAUAAAAAGUGUCAUCACUAUGGUCUUAAGUUAGUUAAUUCAUAUAAAAAAAAAUUUCGACAGACCUUCAGAUGAACUUAAAUUGCCUUGUGUAUUGCAUAUUCCUGUACGAAAAACAUAAUUCUACAAUUGCAUUUGUGUUAUUAUACCAUUCACUGUCAUUUACAUUGUGCUGGUGAAUCCGGAUGAAUCUGUUUCUGCUGCAAUUUGAGCAGUGAUGCUUCAGCAUUAUUACUGUGAUUGUGGUGCUUUGUAGUUUGUUGCGGUUGCAACAAAUUUGUUUGAAGCAUUUAUGUUAAAUCUCAUUCAGCCACAAAAAUAUAUUAUUUUACUUCAUUA